AUGGAGGCUGCCUGGACAACAAAGCAAGUCAAGGACGGCACUGGAGCACCAGCUUGCAUCACUGAUCCGUCAUGUGUAUCACCUCCAGAGUAUGGAGCAGGAGUCGCGGACGGAGAUCUUACCACAAGAGUCCAGAUCCAUCCACUCGAGAUGGAUCCUGACAUUACGACUUUCAAAGUCACGAUCAACACAAUGAUGGACCAGUUGCAGAUAUUCGCGAGUGAAGUCUCCCGAGUGGCACGGGAGGUAGGAACAGACGGUAUCCUGGGCGGCCAAGCCCAAAUCGUCGGGGUGCAUGGCGUCUGGAAGGAGCUCACUGAUAAUGUGAAUACCAUGGCAUCUAACCUCACAAACAAAGUCCGGGAGAUUGCCCUUGUUACGACAGCUGUCGCUCAUGGUGACCUUAGUCAAAAGGUUGAACGGCCUGCUAGGGGUGAGAUCUUCAAUCUUCAGCAGACCAUCAACACUAUGGUGGACCAGCUCCGUACAUUCGCCAUGGAGGUCAAUCGUGUGGCGCGAGAUGUUGGAUCUGAAGGCGUCCUCGGUGGACAAGCACAGAUAUAUGGCAUCCAAGGAAUAUGGAGUGAACUUGCUGUUAAUGUCAAUGCCAUGGCGAAUAACUUAACAACACAAGUUCGGGACAUCGCCACGGUAACAACUGCAGUCGCAACUGGUGACCUUACACAGAAGGUUCAAGCUGAAUGUAAAGGCGAAAUUCUUGCUCUGAAAGAAAUCAUUAAUUCAAUGGUCGACCAGCUCCGACAAUUCGCACAAGAAGUCACGAAGAUAGCGAAAGAGGUUGGAACAGACGGUGUUCUCGGGGGUCAGGCCACAGUUCACGAUGUUGAAGGAGUCUGGAAAAACUUGACAGAGAAUGUCAACAGGAUGGCAAUGAACCUCACGACCCAGGUGCGGGAAAUAGCAGAUGUUACCACUGCUGUCGCCAGGGGUGAUCUUACGAAAAAGGUGACCGCCAAUGUCAAAGGCGAAAUUGCGGACCUUAAGCACACGAUAAACGACAUGGUGGAUCGUCUGAACCAAUUUGCGUUUGAGGUCAGCAAAGUUGCACGCGAAGUCGGAAUUGAUGGAACACUAGGCGGUCAGGCUGUUGUCGCUAAUGUCGAGGGCGAGUGGAAGACAUUGACAGACAACGUGAAUACAAUGGCUCAGAACCUGACCUUCCAAGUCCGAGCGAUCUCAGAAGUUACCCAGGGCAUUGCUAGAGGUGAUUUAAAACUCAAGCGGGUCGCACGUGAUGUUGGCGUUAAGGGACGAAUGGGAGGACAGGCUAAUAUUGCUGGCAUGGGCGGUCGAUGGAAAGAGAUCACCGAAGAUGUCAACACCAUGGCCGACAAUUUGACGUCCCAGGUUCGUGCGUUCGGGGAAAUCACAAACGCAGCCACAGAUGGAGAUUUCAGCAAAUUGAUUACAGUCAGCGCAUCUGGGGAGAUGGAUGAGCUCAAACAAAAGAUCAAUAAGAUGGUCUCAAGUCUACGCGACAGUAUCCAGCGCAACACGGCGGCGAGAGAAGCAGCUGAACUCGCUAAUAGAAGCAAAUCAGAAUUCCUUGCUAAUAUGAGCCAUGAAAUCCGAACACCAAUGAAUGGUAUUAUUGGCAUGACGCAGUUGACUCUUGACAUGGACAAUCUUCUGCCAGGUGCAAGAGAGAUGUUAAAUGUUGUCCACGGCCUUGGGAAUAGCUUGCUCACGAUCAUCGAUGACAUUCUCGAUAUUUCAAAGAUUGAAGCAAACCACGUGGUUAUUGAAGAUAUUCCUUUCAACCUUGGCAAUAUCGUCUUUAACGCCUUGAAGGCCCUUGGAGUCGAAGCCAAUGAAAAGGCCCUAAGCCUCUCAUACAGUGUUGACAACUCGGUGCCUGACUUCAUUGUUGGGGACUCUUUCCGUCUCCGACAGAUAAUUCUCAACCUAGUCGGGAACGCUAUCAAAUUCACCGAGCAUGGAGAGAUCCAACUUACUGUGAAACAACAGAUAUUAAGACGAUGUGAUCCUGAUGAAUGUAACCUUGAGUUCACUGUUUCAGAUACCGGAAUUGGCAUUGACGAUAGCAAGCUCGACUUGGUUUUUGACAAGUUUCAGCAAGCCGAUGGUUCAACAACCAGGAGAUUUGGUGGCACAGGCCUUGGCCUGUCAAUAUCAAAGAGACUAGCGAACCUCAUGGGUGGCGAUAUAUGGGUCACAUCAGCUGUGGGUUCCGGUAGCACCUUUCAUUUCACAUGCACCGUUAAGCGAGGGAUGUUGUCUUGCGAGGCUAUGUCCCAGCGGUUGAUGCCCUACCGGGGCCACAGAGUCCUUCUUCUUACAGAGGGCUAUGACCAUGAUCUUUUAGAACAAAUAUGUCACAUGUUAACAGAACUCGAGCUUCAUCCCGUUAUGAGCCCCACCAUACAAGUACUGGAACAAGGAAACGCUGACCCAUCUGGAGCGAAAACAGCUUCCCAAUCCGAAGUUGUCCUGUUUGAGACUAUGGAGACAUUGGUUGGUUUAAGAGCCUUGGACAACUUCAAGUCAGUUCCUGCCGUUCAAAUAGGACCUGCUAUGUCGAGCCGACCGUCGCGUAUCACCACAGGACAGACAUAUUCUUUGUCAAUCCUGCUGGCCGAGGACAACGAGGUCAACCAAAAGGUAGCUCUUAAAAUCCUUGAGAAGCAUAAUCACCACGUUGCUGUUGUCGAUAAUGGUCUGGAUGCCUUUGUGCAAGCCAAAAAAGGGAAAUUCGAUGUGAUCUUGAUGGACAUUCAAAUGCCAGUCAUGGGUGGAUUUGAAUCCACCGCUAAAAUUCGGGAGCAUGAACAUUCGAACAAUCUGUCACGCACGCCGAUUGUUGCUCUCACUGCCCAUGCGAUGUUUGGCGACCGCGAGAGAUGCAUCGCGGCGGGAAUGAACGGCUAUCUCUCAAAGCCUCUUAAUCCAGAUCGGAUGAUACAGGUGAUCCUCAAAUGUGUCGGAGAGAAACAGCACUCGGAGAUGAAGAUCAAUUGUGCCUAA